CGCAGCGAGGAAGCGGCGGCGGCGGGGGAGGCGGAGGAGGUUCUCGGACCUGCGACUUCUGAGUGGCAUUGGAGAGAGGCGCGCUGUCGGGGUGGGGAGGGCCUGAGGGAACGCUACGGGGCCCCGCGGCCCUAUCAGUGCCCCCUGGCCGUCCCCGCCCCUCCCGCAAUCCACCCAGCGACCGCGUAGGAUGCAGUCAUCUGAGCGUGAGGGGUGUGGGCCCGAGGCCAGCCCCAGCGUGAUGCCUGAGGCUCCUCCGGAGUCUCCACCUGCCCCUGCCAAGUCCCCUGCCAAGUCCCCGACGUUUGAUCUUUUCAACUUGGUUCUGUCCUACAAGAGGCUGGAGAUCUACCUGGAACCCCUGAAGGACGCAGGUGAUGGUGUCCGGUACUUGCUCAGGUGGCAGACGCCUUUGUGUUCCUUGCUGACCUGCCUGGGCCUCAACGUCUUGUUCCUCACCUUGAAUGAGGGUGCGUGGUACUCAGUGGGUGCCUUGGUGAUUUCAGUGCCCGCCCUUCUGGGCUACCUGCAGGAGGUCUGCCGGGCACGGCUGCCGGAGUCUGAGCUCAUGCGGAGGAAGUAUCAUAGCGUGAGGCAGGAGGACCUGCAGAGAGUUCGCCUGUCUCGCCCCGAGGCUGUGGCCGAGGUGAAGUGCUUCUUGAUCCAGCUGGAGGCCUUCCUGCGCCGCCUGUGCUGCACCUGUGAAGCUGCCUACCGGGUGCUGCGCUGGGAGAACCCCACCGUGUCCUCACAGUUCUAUGGAGCUCUUCUGGCCACAGUCUGCAUGCUGUAUCUGCUGCCGCUGUGCUGGGUCCUUGCCCUUUUAAACAGCACACUCUUUCUAGGGAACGUGGAGUUCUUCCGAGUGGUGUCUGAGUACAGGGCAUGUCUGCAGCGGCGGAUGAAAUCCAGCCAGGAAGAGGGUACCUUCCAGAGCCCACCGUCCCCGGAUGCUGGAGGGAAGGGUGUUCUGCCAGACUGCACGCCUGCGCCCACACCCACAGAGGACCUCACGCCAGGCAGCGUGGAGGAGGCCGAGGAGGCUGAGCCUGAUGAGGAAUUUAAAGAUGCGAUUGAGGAGACCCACUUGGUGGUGCUGGAGGAGGAGGAGGGUGCCCCGUGCCCGGUAGAGGACGAGCUGGCCCUGCACGACAAUGGGUUCCUGAGCAAGAAUGAAGUGCUGCGCAGCAAGGUGUCGCGGCUCACAGAGCGGCUCCGCAAGCGGUACCCCACCAACAACUUCGGGAGCUGUACAGGCUGCUCGGCCACCUUCUCAGUACUGAAGAAGAGGCGGAGCUGCAGUAACUGUGGAAAUAGCUUCUGCUCCCGGUGCUGCUCCUUCAAGGUGCCCAAGUCUUCCAUGGGGGCCACAGCCCCCGAAGCCCAGAGAGAGACUGUGUUUGUGUGUGCCUCGUGUAACCAGACCUUGAACAAGUGAGAAGAGGGGACAGGAUCCGAGCAAGCGCCGGUCCCUGGGCCAGCAGUAGACCCCACUCUCCCUACCCCUAGCCCUGUGUGGCGUGUGCUGGGCAAAUGUGGCCCGAAUGCUAGGUAGGCUUCCCUUCUCUGCCCUUGCUGUGUCCAGCCGGGUUCUGGAGCUGUUCCCCACUCCUACAGAUGGUCAACAGAGGGGAGAGGAGCCCCUGGAGGGUCUGAUAUGUUUGCCUUGCUCUGUCCUGGGCUGUUAGUGGACUUUGGCCUGGGCAGGGAAUAUAAGCUAGAGGGCAGAAGAGAGCCACUCCUGGUCUCCAUUGGGGUCUCUGAGGAUCAGGGAGGCUCUCCAAAGCUGGGAAUACUCUGAGACCGGAGAUCAGAAACUGGGAAAGAGAUUCCUCCUCCCGUGGGUACUGGGCCAAGACGUUUGCCUCGAGAGUCUGCGCAGGCGAGGGAGUGCCAUGCCCCAGCUCUGCUGUGUGAAUGUCCCUCCAGGCACCAGGAUCUCAUUAUUUGCCCACCAACACUUUUAGGCUAACAAGACCAAAAGUGUUUCUAGAAACAGGGUUGAAGUUCCCAAGUUCCCCUAGAGGAGGCUGUGACUAGGAGGGCCUGGCAGAGUCCUUGUAUUAAUCAGAGCAAAAUGUAGGAGUCCCAGCAGCCCAAAGGACCUCAGCCCCACGUUGCAGAAAUCUUGACGUGCAGAAUCUCAGCUCACAGCUGCCCUCAGCCCUGAUGGGUAGAUGCCAGGCACUCCGGUCACUUCUGCUCCCACUGCUCAGAGCCUCGGGCACCCCUCCAUUGGCUCAGAGCUGCAUUUCCCCUCCCCAGCACCUCGUCCCAGGGUCCCAUGUAGUGUGAGACCGGAGCAGAGGUCCUGAGCCCUUGGCUCUUGGGGGCCUGGGAAGCAUGUGAUCUUGCCGAGCUGGGUCCUAGGUUCCAGGCUGUUCUCCAGCAAAACAGUCUUAGUUAUGGGACAAGGCCACUUAGGGUCCCCAUCCUCUCUCCAGCAGUUUCACAUGCAUUUAUGUGCUCUCUGGGCUUUGUGUCUCUCUAAGCCAUGAGCGGGCUCAGGCACCCCUUCCCUCCCCUGGAGCUGCCCUGCUUUUUUGAAGUAUUUAUUUAUUUAUUUCAUGGUUCCUGGGAACAUGGCACAGGCAAUGGGCCGAGGAUGGGGGCUUUGGCCCUAGGAUGCUUCCCUGGAGUCCUGGGACUCAGAGCCCAUAGGAGAUGGAGAUGUUCCUACACCCUAAGCAGGGACCCAGGAGGCAGGUUGGGGAGGCAAGGACCAUUCUAGACCAGCUUUCUCGCCAGGCCAACAGUCUAGCCUGGGCUGGGAAGACGGGCCUGCUCCAGGCCGGUGAGGGGCAAGUCCCUGGGGAACCAGGCAGGCCUUGGUGUCCCCCUUCCUCAGGCUCCUUUGUCCUGUUCAGAGAUGGGCGUUAAGUACCCUGUGCUUUAUUACACUGGAGAGGAACUAAAGGACUUCUGUGUAUAUGGAGAAUUAUCAAUAAAAAGGCCUCAAGCUUC